AUGUUAAAUGAAAAUAUCGCUCUUGAUUCAAAGGUAGAAAGAGGAAUAGAUGCACUGAUAUCAAAACUAUAUUCAUCAGGUUCCAAUCGAUUUGAAAUGGUUGUUAAAUAAAAUAAUAGCGAAUUGAAAAUAAUUUUAGAAUUUAUGUAUUUAAUAAUUUUAUAAUUUUAGAUGCAAUAAGACAUCAUUUAAGCAGAAAUAAUUCAUAGAAUUAAUAAUAAAGGAAUAUUACUAAUCCAAUAAAAGUUCUAAAGAGAAUAAGAUUAAAGAUUACCAGUCAGUUCAAAAUUAUUACAAUUUUACUUAUCAUAUAUGA